AUGCAGGUCCCUCUCAUUCGUCUUCAAUGCGGCUGCAACAGCUACGAGUGGGGCAAGAAGGGCAAGGAUUCCGCCGCCGCCAAAUAUGCAGCGGCCACUCCAUCCGACAACUUUUCUAUACAAGAAGACAAGCCUUACGCUGAGCUAUGGAUGGGCACUCACCCGUCACUGCCCUCCAAGGAUCUCACUACCGGCCGUUCGCUGAUCGACCUCGUGUCUGACAACGAAGCCUUGAUGGGCACCGAUAUCACGGCCAAGUACAACAAAAAACUUCCCUUCUUGUUCAAAGUGCUGUCCAUCGCCAAGGCACUCUCCAUCCAAGCCCAUCCCAACAAGAAACUCGCCGGAGAACUCCAUGCCAAAGACCCCAAGAACUACCCUGAUGACAACCACAAGCCCGAAAUGACCCUUGCUAUUACCCCCUUCGAAGGCCUCUGCGGCUUCCGACCACUGAAAGAGAUUGCCCACUUCCUUUCCACCAUCACGCCUCUGCGGGAGCUUGUCGGCGAAGCGGAGUCAAAAGGCUUAGAAGAAGUUGCCACUUCAUCUUCUUCCAGUGACGCCAAAUCCCACCUCAAAGCAGCUUUCAGCUCGCUCAUGAAAUCCGACCGCAAACUCGUCGCCGAAAGGUCCAAGGACCUUCUCGAGCUUGCCAAGUCCGGCUCCAUUAGCCCGGGUCCCAGUGUCAACACCUCCGAGGAGCUCUGCGAGCUAGUUCAGCGCUGCAACAGCCAGUUCCCUGAAGACAUUGGCUUGUUUGUGCUCUUCUUCCUGAACUACGUCAAGCUCCAGCCUGGACAGGCAAUGUAUCUCAAGGCCGACGACAUUCACGCAUACAUUUCGGGAGACAUCAUCGAGUGCAUGGCCAGCAGUGACAACGUCAUCCGCGCUGGCUUCACGCCCAAGUUCCAGGACGUGAACACUCUCACCGACAUUCUGACUUACGACCACGACCCUCCGGAGCAGCAACUGCUCAAGCCCGUGGACUACCCCUACGUCACGCUCAACGACAAAGCCUACAGCUCGGGAAGCGACUCGCUACUGUACGAUCCGCCUAUUGAGGAGUUCGCCGUUGUGCGUACUGUGCUCAAAAAGGAUGGUGCAAAGGCUACGUUUGAGGGACUCUCUGGGCCGAGCAUCCUGAUCUGCACGACUGGCUCGGGCAGGAUCAGUGUCGGUCCUAAGACGGAGGACCUGAAGGAAGGGUAUGUGUAUUUUGUUGGUGCGACGGCUGAGUUGGUUGUGGAAAGCACAGGCGAGGAGUUGGUCACCUUCCGCGCCUUCUGCGAGAUUGAUGAUAGUUCCAAGCAGAAUGGGCAACAUUGA